UCCAGCCUCUGCUCCACAUCUGUGAGUGCAGCCUUCUCCAUCCAGCUGAGAGGGAAUUAUGUGUGCAAGAGGAGUCAGGGCUCCCUUCCCAGCUCCCAGCUCACACUGCUAGCACUGCGUGCCUGCUGCACACCCAGCUGCCUGCCCGAGGAUGCUGCACCUCAAAGUCCAGUUCCUGGAUGAUUCCCAGAAGAUCUUUGUAGUUGAUCAAAAAUCCUGUGGGAAAGGGCUCUUCAACCUCACCUGCAGCCACCUGAACCUCGUGGAGAAGGAGUACUUUGGGCUGGAGUUUCACAGCCAGGCUGGAAACCAGGUCUGGUUGGAACCACUAAAACCCAUAACAAAGCAAGUGAAAAUGGACCCCGGCCACCUGAGAGAAGAACUGACCAGGUACCUCUUCACCCUCCAGAUCAAGAAGGACCUGGCCCAGGGGCGGCUGCCCUGCAGCGACAAGAGCGCGGCGCUGCUCGUCUCCCACCUGCUGCAGUCCGAGCUGGGCGACUUCCACGAGGAGACAGACCAGCAGCACCUGGCCACGCACAGGUACCUGCCCAACCAGGAGUACCUGGACAACAAGAUCAUGCACUACCACCGGAGACACAGAGGGAAGACGCCGGCCGAGUCGGACGCUCAGCUGCUGGACGUGGCCAGGAAGCUGGAGAUGUACGGGAUCCGCCCCCACCCCGCCAGCGACGGCGAGGGGACACAGAUCAACCUGGCCGUGACACACAUGGGGGUGCUGGUGCUGAGGGGCAAUACAAAGAUCAACACCUUCAACUGGUCCAAAAUUCGCAAACUGAGUUUCAAGAGGAAGCAUUUUCUCAUCAAGCUCCAUGCAAACAUCUCUGAGCUGUGCAAGGACACGCUGGAGUUCACCAUGGCCAGCCGGGACACCUGCAAAGCCUUCUGGAAGACGUGUGUGGAGUACCACGCUUUCUUCAGGCUCUCUGAGGAGCCCAAGUCAAAGCCCAAAGCCCUUCUGUGCAGCAAAGGUUCCAGCUUCCGCUACAGUGGCAGGACUCAGCGGCAGCUGCUGGAGCACGGCAGGAAGGCCAAGAUGAAGAGCCUGCCCUUCGAGAGGAAGCACUACACGUCCCGCUACGAUGAGAGGCAGUGCCGCUCCUCCCCGGACCUCCUGACGGAUGUAUCAAAGCAG